GGUUGAAGUAAACAAGUUUCAAUCAUGGACAUAGAUCUUAGGUUACCUUCUGGUGAGCAGUGCACAGAAGAUGAGGAUGCAAAUGGAAUUGAUAAUAUGUUAGACGGUGAUGAAACACUGCAGAAUGGAAUGGUUCAGGUUGUAGGAGAGGAUAUGCGUGCUGAUGAUGGUGCUGGGGAGAUGCAUUCUUCUGCUGUCGAUAUGGUGACCUUCAAGGAGGAUAACAAUCUUGAGCCACUUUCUGGCAUGGAAUUCGAAUAACAUGGGGAAGCAUAUUCUUUUUAUCAAGAGUAUGCUCGGU